AUGGACGAGAGUGGUGGCCGUGGGAGAGGUUAUGCAGAGGAUUCGUCGACGGCCGGAGGCAGCAGAGAGAUCCGUUACCGGGGAGUACGACGGCGUCCAUGGGGCAAAUUCGCGGCUGAGAUACGCGACUCUAGAAGGCAAGGAAUACGCAUGUGGCUCGGGACUUUCAACACGGCGGAAGAAGCCGCGCGUGCUUAUGAUCGAGCGGCAUAUAGCAUGAGGGGCCAUUUAGCCAUUUUGAACUUUCCCAAUGAAUAUCCACUCACCACCGCCGCCGGCGGUGGUGGAUUUUCCUCUUCAGGUGGGUCGUCUUCAAUGUCAAUGCGGCCAAAUGAAGUGAUUGAAUUUGAGUAUUUGGAUGACAAAGUGCUUGAAGAUCUUCUUGACUGUGGUGAAGAAAGUGAUAAGAAAACCUAA